ACCAUCAUGGCAUAUGACCGGUACGUUGCCAUCUGCAAGCCACUGCAUUAUGAGGUAGUAAUGAACAGGAGAGCUUGCGUCCAGAUGGCUGCAGGUGCUUGGGCUGCUGGUGCCAUCAACUCUGCACUGCACACUGGGAACACCUUUAGUCUCCCCUUCUGCCACUCAAAUGUCAUCAACCAGUUCUUCUGUGAAGUGCCCCAGCUGCUCAAGCUCUCCAGUCCUGGCACAUACCGCAGGGGGCUGGCAGCUGUUGCCUUCAGUGUGUUUCUUGCUUUAGGCUGUUUUGUUUUCAUCAUUGUGUCGUAUGUUCAGAUCUUCACCGCAGUGUGGAGCAUCCCCUCGGAGCAGGGCAGGCAGAAAGCCUUCUCCACCUGCAUUCCUCACCUUAUCGUGGUCUCCCUGUUUCUUUCCACUACCAGCAUUGCCUACACGAAGCCCGUCUCUGACUCCCCGUCACCUCUGGAUCUCCUGGCAGCUGUUCUGUAUUGUAUGGUGCCUCCAUUGAUGAAUCCAGUCAUCUACAGCAUGAGGAACAGGGAGAUACAAUCUGCCCUUAGGAAACUGCUCCACAGGCUGAUCCGCUCCAAGAACAACAUGUCCAUCUUUCUUUCAUGACUUUCCUUCUCUCAUAUUUUUGUUUUCUAAUUUACACAUGACAUGAGUUUUUUCAUAGGAUUGUGUGAAUCCUCCAUAUUAAAAAUGAAGGUGGUGGGUUAAUUCUGUAACUUUGUAAUGUCAAAGACUUGGCUUUUAUGAUUUUGUGUUGACACUGUUGAAGUGGGAAAGUAAUGUUUCAUGCAUCAAUUUUAGUGUCUUUGAACCAUCUAAAAUAUAUCCCAUCAAUUGCAAGAUAA